CUCUAUCCGUUGCUUAGUUGUUUGGGUUCCCUAUGUGCCGACAUUACUCCCAUUACUAACAUUUUCUCAGUUCCUUCUUCCCGUAUUGUUUCUUUUGAAAGAAAAAAAUAUUUCUUUCCUGGUUUACCAUGGUGGUCGAUGCAAAGGCAAUGUUGGGUUUCCUGGUCUUUAUUUGUUUGCAGCUUCCUUUGGUACUGGCAGAUUGCCCCUUAGAUAUGAGUGCGUCAAAUUUUACUCUUUUGGCUUCUUUAUGCUCGAAUAAAAGCGAAAGAGGAAAGUGUUGCCGCUAUAUGAAUGCUUUCAUUGCAUUUUCCGUUGCUCGUUAUGCAAAUGUGACAGGCAACCUAGGAGUUACCUCAGAUUUAUCUGACAUCUGUGUCCACUCCAUAUUGCAAACCAUGCAGCUGUAUGGAGUCCCACGAAAUGCCACAAAUUUCUGUGGGUUUGGUACGAAGAUUCCCGUUAGUUUUAACUGUAAGGAUCGGACAACUGUAACGCAGAUGCUGGAGUUUUCAGAAUUUAUGAAUGUCACUGUAAACUGCAAACUGCCACUAUCACAUGAAAAGAAAUGCCGAAAGUGUUUAAAUGCUGGCAUGAACUAUGUUCAUCAUCUAGUUGGAUCUCAAGAUAAUAUGACAUUGAGUACUUGCCGAGAUGCAACCUUUGCUGCACUUGCGAGCCGAGUUGACAACACUUCAGCUGUUGAAAUUGCAAGUUGCUUUUUCCAAGUUGAUGGAUUUGACAUCCCUUCAGUUUCGGAGUCACCUCUGUCUCCAACUUCCCCUAAGGUUUCUCCUAGUCCGUUGGUUGCUGCUGCACCAAGUCAACUCAUAUUGGGAGUACCUCCAAACCAAAAGCACCAUGAAUACCACCUAACGGCUAUUCUCGGCAUUGGCAUAGCAGUUACGGUAGCUGUCAUGAUGGUGCUCAUAGUUUUGGUAGUCUUGAUUUGUAAGAAAAGCAGAGAGUUGGAGGAUUCUGAUAGUACAGACAAGAAUUCUUCAAAACUCUUUCCUACUCGUAGGCCCAUGCAGAAAUUCCAGGAAGGCACUUCGUCAAUGUUUCAGAAAUAUAGCUACAAGGAAACAAAAAGGGCAACUUGCAGUUUUAGUACCGUCAUUGGACGUGGAGGGUUCGGGACGGUGUACAAAGCUCAAUAUGGUGAUGGAUCAAUGGUAGCUGUGAAGCGGAUAAAUAAAUUCUCGGAGCAGGGAGAAGAUGAAUUUUUCCGAGAGAUAGAACUUCUAGCUAGGUUGCACCAUCGACAUCUAGUUGCUCUAAGAGGAUUUUGCAUUAAAAAUCAUGAGAGGUUUCUAAUGUACGAGUAUAUGUCAAAUGGAAGCCUUAAAGAUCAUAUUCAUUCCCCCGGAAAAAACCAACUGAGUUGGGAAACCAGAAUACAGAUUGCCAUCGAUGUGGCUAAUGCUUUGGAGUACCUUCAUUUUUAUUGUGAUCCACCUCUUUGCCACAGGGACAUCAAAUCAAGCAACAUUUUGUUGGAUGAGAAUUUUGUUGCAAAGGUUGCGGAUUUUGGCCUCGCACAUGCUUCAAAAAAUGGUUCUGUUUGCUUUGAACCAAUAAAUAACGACAUCCGUGGAACUCCAGGUUAUAUGGAUCCUGAGUAUGUCAUCGCUCAAGAGCUCACUGAUAAAAGCGACGUGUAUAGCUACGGGGUGCUACUUUUGGAGAUGGUGACUGCAAGACGAGCCGUACAAGAUGGUGUGAAUCUGGUCGAAUCAAACCAGAUACUGUUGGCAUCAGAGUCGAGGCUAAUCGAGCUUGUAGACCCCAGUAUCAAGGACUCCUUCGACUUAGACCAACUUCAGACGGUUGUGACUAUUGUGAGAUGGUGCACCCAGAGAGAAGGUCGAGCUAGACCUUCGAUUAAACAGGUCCUUCAGCUCUUGUAUGAGAGUUCAGAUCCAAUGCAAAGUGGGUUUAUACAGGCUGUUGAAGAUGAAGAUUUUGAAGGUAGUGAUGGAAGAGGACGGAUAAGUGGAGGGAACAUUCCUAAGAGUGAACCACUUUUUCACAGCGGGGAUGGAAGAUAUCUGGCUUCAUCUUCGAGUACAUCAAGGUCAUAUUGUAGUAGAAGCUUUUUACUAGAAACCGGCUCACCACGAUCUCCUCAAAACUUACUGUCCCUUUGAGGUCAAUCCAUGAACUAGCAGGUAUGCAUUGUCUUUGUUAUGCAAGGAAUACCAUCAAGCUUGUAUAAAAGUGGAGGGAAGGAGAGCUCUAAAAGGUGGGAUCCUUUUUGGAUAAAUGAGACAUAAAUGUAAAUUUUGCUUGUACCAUUGGUAGAGAGGGAUUAUGAUAUUGCAGCUAGUCAUCAAGAUUAUCCUUUUCUGGUUCAGAAACUAAGAGUACAAU